AUGGCUGGCGUGGAGGGGCAGCCGCCGCCUCAGAUCAGCAGCAUGUCCAACUCCAAGCUGCAGGACGGUGGCACCAAGCCGAAUCUGGUCAAGGAGCACGUUCCGGGGAGCGAGCUCUGGACCGAUGGGCUCAUCUGCGCUUUUGAGCUCGUCAAGGGUCACAGGAAGCUGGUUCAUCACAAAUCGUUGCCAAAGAUUGAUCUCGCGCACAUGAAGAACCAGGCAGCUAGGAAUGGGCAUCGCGUUGUGAGCCCGGCACCGAAUGAGGGAGGUGUGCUGGAAAUCCCCGGCCAGGUGGAGCUUGGCAUCGAUCCUUUUGCGGUCAAAGACAGGCCAUCACAUGCUGGAGAUGUUCAUGAUCACAAGUGGGUGCCGAUUGGAUGGUCAAGGAUUGCUGAGCUGAGCCAGAGGGUUCAAUCAGAUGCUAGCUGGGAGAAUGAACAUGUGCCGAUAAGCGACAGCGAGGAUGAUUACACUGUAGCCGAUGUUGCCGCUCCGUACUGGCUGCGUCCUGGGGGACCUACAUGGUGGUUCCAUGUCACCGCAGGCCAUCCUUCCGUUGACGCAUGGUUGGGUAGUGCUCACUGGAUGCAUCCAGCUAUCAGAACUGCACUGAGAGAUGAAAGCCGGCUGAUAAGCGAUCGGAUGAAGUACCUUCUCUAUGAGGAAUGCAAUGGUAACUCGAAGUCAAACAACUUGAGUGUUUGUUUUCAUGGGUUUGCAUUUUUGGUCCCAGUUAGAGUUGCGGGAGGACUGUUAUUUGAGCUUCUUGGUCAAUCAGUCGGGGAUCCAAAUCAUGAAGAGGAAGACAUACCCAUUGUACUUAGAUCGUGGCAGGCACAGAACUUUCUUUUAACUGCAAUGCAUGUGAAAGGUCCUUCAAUCAAUGUAAAUGUUUUAGGAGUGACUGAAGUGCAGGAGUUGCUUAUUUCUGGUGGAAGUCAAACACCCAGAUCAGCUCAUGAAGUGAUAGCACAUUUGGUCAGUCGUCUUUCACGAUGGGAUGACAGAUUAUUCCGUAAAUAUGUCUUUGGGGAAGCAGAUGAAAUUGAAUUGAAGUUUGUGAAUAGGAGAAAUAGUGAAGAUCUGAACCUAGUCAGCAUCAUAUUGAAUCAAGAAAUCAGGAGGUUAGCAACACAGGUGAUCAGGGUUAAAUGGUCACUGCAUGCAAGGGAAGAGAUCAUACUUGAGCUUCUCCGACAUUUAAGGGGAAGUGCCACAAGAAUCAUUUUAGAGAGAGAGAGGAAGUCUGCAAGGGAGAUGUUGGAGGAGCAGGAAGCUGUCCGUGGCCGCUUGUUCACUAUCCAGGAUGUUAUGCAGAGCACUGUUCGUGCAUGGUUACAGGACAGAAGCCUUCGUAUCACCCACAACCUGGCUAUUUUCGGCGGUGGUGGCAUAGUUCUAUCCAUAAUCACCGGUCUCUUUGGAAUCAACGUGGAUGGCAUACCGGGAGCUCAGAAUACUCCGUACACUUUUGGGCUGUUUGCGGGGCUUCUCUUCUUCCUCGGGAUCAUCCUUGUUGGCGUUGGAUUGAUGUACCUUGGGCUGACAAAUCCAGUGACCAGUGAGAAGGUGAAGGUGAGGAAGCUGGAGCUCCAGCAGCUGGUAUCGAUGUUCCAGCAUGAGGCGGAGCAGCAUGGGAAGGUGAGGGAAGGCCUGAGCCGGCACGGCUUGUCGCCGAGUUCAGCUGCGGCUUCGGGCGAUGAAGGCUACAUCCUGAUUUCCUGA